GAGGCGAGGGGAGGAGAGAUCGGAUGCAAAAACAGAGAGAGCAUAAGCAACGAUUCAAAUUCCUGUGCUGGUGCGGAGUGAGCUGGCAGUUUUGGUUUUUUUUUUCUUUCAAAUUGUGUGCCUCCCUAGCUCUGAACAGGGAAGAGAAUCUUCAACCAUGCGUUCAAGCGCCGAGAAGACAUGAGCAUAAGCUCUUGGACAAACAGCUUCAGUGAGGACGCCCAGACCGCUGUGCCCCCGAGCGAGGGGGAGAAAGGAGGGCCAGCCCGCUGGGACACUAGACAGGAAAUCGCUGAGUCUGCAAACUGUGAGCUGCAGUGUGGUGUGGAGAUGUCAGGCGAGGUGGGUACCAGGGCGCCCCCCUCGGAGUGGGUCACGCUGGUCGUUGAUAACAUCCGCUUCACGGUGGACCCCGGGAUCUUCACUGCGCACCCCGACACCAUGCUGGCCAGGAUGUUUGGUUCUGCCCGGCAACACAACUUCACCAGGCCCAAUGAGAAGGGGGAGUUUGAGAUCGCAGAGGGGAUCAGCGGCAGCGUCUUUCGAGUCGUGCUGGACUAUUACAGGACCGGGGUGCUGCGCUGUCCCGACGGGGUUUCUGUGCCGGAGCUCAGAGAGGCCUGCGAUUACCUCUGCAUCAACUUCGACUGCAACACCAUCACGUGCCGCGACCUCAGCGCCCUGCUUCACGAGCUGUCGAACGAUGGGGCGCGGAGGCAGUUUGAGGGGUUCCUGCAGGAGCUGGUGCUGCCGGUGAUGGUGUCGAGCGCGCAGGGUGGGGAGCGGGAGUGUCACAUGGUGGUGUUGACCGACGAGGACACUGUGGACUGGGAUCAGGAGCACCCUCCGCCCAUGGGAGAGGAGUACUCCCAGAUUGUCUACAGCACAAAGCUGUACCGCUUCUUCAAAUACAUCGAGAACCGGGAAGUGGCCAAGGCACUGCUGAAAGAGAGAGGCCUGAAGAACAUUCGCAUCGGCAUCGAGGGGUACCCCACCUGCAAGGAGAAGGUGAAGCGACGCCCUGGCGGGAGGUCAGAGGUCAUCUACAACUAUGUUCAGCGGCCGUUCAUUCACCUGUCCUGGGAGAAGGAGGAAGGGAAGAGCCGGCACGUGGACUUCCAGUGCGUGCGGAGCAAGAGCGUGCCCAACGUGGUGGGAGGGGGCGGGGGCGAAGGCGGGACCCCCUACAGCCACGCCCCCCACCAUCCUCCGCAGGUGGAUGAGCUGGACCGGCUCAAUGGACCCAGCCUCCGCCUCCCCCCCUCCGAAAUACAGGACGGAGAUCUCUGACACAACCCAGAUCAACCCUUCAUCUGGAUCAAGACCACACGCCAACAUUAGCCCGAUGUGUUUACAGGGUAAAAUCACCUGGAUCCAUUUCCUUCAGUCUCACGGGUCGCUCCACUACAUUGAGAGAGUCUCAGGCUGAAGAUCCUCCUGUUGGAUGUUGGAGACGCCGGCUGUCGAUCUGUGAUUGGUGGACGCGAUGUUCUGGUGCAGAAGUAAUGCAGCACAAAACAUCUGGGUCACCUCAACCACUCCAAGUUGAUUCACCGUUACACUUAAGAACACUUAAGCAAAGGAUCUUAUUUUGGAGCCAGAUGAGAAACACAAACACCCAGAAAUCUUGUGUAGCUCUUAAAAUACGUUAAUCUGUUUUAACAGUGUGCUUGUGAAACCAGGAUUCAAAGUGCAUCGGUCUGAAAGUAGGGUCUGGUGAUGUGUCGACUGGUCAUAUAGAAACAGGAUCAGUGUUUGAUUGCAACAAGAGAACACCUUCAACAGUGGUUGUCCCCUGCUGGAUUAUAUGGACUUGAAAUAUCUCGACAUGCAGUUGUCUUAAUUCCUGCUGCAGAGUUUGUUUUCACUCAGAUAAACGCACUGUCCGUCCAGCUCCUGUCUUUACCAGGCAGUGUAGUGUGGGGGGGUGACAGUCAGGCAUGACAGCACUGACCCCCUCCGUUACAGUUACAAAAGCACGCUGUAAUUCAAAAACAUUUUCAAUUUCCGAUGAAAAAUGUGUUUUGCUAGGUAUUUUCAAUCGGGUCACCCCGAGCCUUGCCGCCCCUCCCCUCCUGUGAUGAUGUCAUAGUUGAUCAGGGCUUGAUUGCUCUUUAUUGACCGAACCUACCGGUGACAAUUGAGCCGAAAGCGUAAGAAGAAAAACAAAAAGAAACAACAGGUUUGUAAGCACUAAUCAACGCCUGUGAAACCAGCCUUGGUGUUUUUCUGUUUCUUUGGGCUCCUGGCUAGCAGUCAUGCUAUUGAUCAAACGCACCGUGUUAACCUUGUGUCAGGAGCAGGCUUUGUUGUGUGAGAACUGGCCAGUGCUACAUAUUACACACGGAUUGCUUUGAACGCCAAAGAUUGAACUUGUAUGGAGGGCAGUGCGUUGCAACGCCUGCUGCUGAUCAAGGUUUAUUAGGAAGCAAGGCUUACGAGUGAUUGAAGACAGGUGUAAAAUAAUGAGUUUUAUAUUAAAUACAGAGUCAAGCUGCUUUCAUAGCGUCACUCGCUUUGGUGUUGUUUCGGGUUCGAUUAAUGAAAUGAAUCAGAAAAAUCUGCACUUUUUUUUUGUAAACAAUGACUGUAUAUAUUUUUUUACCAAAAAAUAACAACGAUAAUUCAAUUCAGGGUUUUUAGUGGUAGGAAUUUUUAUUUAUUGGUGUUUCAUUUAGCAGUGUUCUUGGUAUUUACAAAUCAAAAUAACUAUUUAGUUCCUGGUACUGUAUUAUUAUUAUUAUUAUUAUUAUUAUUAUUAUUAUUAUUAUUAUUUUGAUUAGGGGUUUAGAUUUAGUGAAGGAAAGGAAAUAGGGCACUGGGCUACUCUCAGCACGUUAUUAUCAGUCAGACUUACAAUGUUAAUUAAAUACAAAUUGCAGGACACUAAGUGCAAAUAUAUAUUUAAUUAGAGAUAUACUAUAUAUGUAUACUGAAAUAUGUACAUUAUUGUUAUGCAUACUAUAGUCUAUUAAACUGCUAAAGGCCAAAGAUUACUGUUUAACUAAGUUUUGCAUUGUCUCGAUUUAAAAGCAGUGUUUAUGGACAGUACCUGGAAAAACAUUGUGUACAGCUCCUGUGAUCAUUCUGAAAAUAAAGACGUUAUAUUAAGAAAUUAUCUUUUCAUUUCUAUAAAACAGAGGAUAAAACACACUGCAAAAAUAACAGAAAGCACAUCUGGAACCAUCGUUAUACACAAGUGUUUAUUGUAUAGUUUAAGGGCUACCGUUACUUGGCAGCAUUAGAAGCUCCUUUCAUAGAAACAAGCUUUACUUUCUAGGCAGGUAAAUGAAAAUCGAUACAGUUCAAACUUAACGAAAAUCUAAAUAAAAAACCCAAUACAUAGCAACUACAUUUAUACAUAAUAAACUUGUAAGGCAGCCAUAUAUAAUAUAACCCUAUCAGAAGAAGUAGGGGGGAAAGAAGUCAUUGGCCUGAGUCACAAUGCUGGUGGUGCUGCACACAGAAAGAACCCUGUUUAACUGAACUGUGUUUUUGUUUAAUAAAAACAAGCAUUUAAAAAAGGGAAGUUCACACCCAGAAACUUUGCUACUGGUGAGAGAAACUCAACCACUACAGAAAACAGAACAAUCUGGAUAAAAAGGGUUCUGCUGUGGAUGCAGUGCAGGGAUGAAAAGGAAGGCCAGGGUGGGAACAUCGAAUGGGCAACAAAAACUUAAAUUACUUCUAGAUUCGUUCCCUACUCCCAUCUCUUAAAACUACGACAAGAUACCAAGAAAUAAAACCAAACGUACAUUUACAAAGAUUCAAACAGUCCCCCAGCUAGGAGACACACACUCAAGCAAAGUCUGCCCCUGUUAUUUUUUACAUUUCAAAACCUUAAAAAGCAACCAAUUCAUUCAUAAAGUAAUAUUGCCAGAUAAACGGCUAUUCUUUUUUUCUUUUAAAAAGGCAGGUUCAAUAUCUUGGUGAAGGGCAGCAACAAGCCUCUUUGAAAGGGGAUAAAUAAAACAGAAUACAGACCAUCUAAAAUAUAAUACACAUUAUGGCAUCUAGCACCCAUUCUGUGAUACAGCAAGCGACUUUCACGGUACGAUAGACAGGCUGGUGGAACUACAGCCGCUAACACCACACACAAAUAAAAAAAUUAAAAACUCAACAAAAGCACUUGCUCAUAUUACAGCUGGUGUGUUGUACCAUGGCUCUAUUAAAAGUUCUUUGGCAUCUGUACCUUUACAAAAAAAAAAAAAAAAAACAACAAAA